GCUGUUGCGACUGAUUCCUGGAAGCUUGGAACCUCAGUCACAAUCUCUCAUUGCUAUUGCAACAAAAAUGUCGAGGAUCAAAGCAAAAAUAGUUGCCAAAAAGCGACUAGUGCAAAGCGAAUGUCUUCGAUGGUGAUUUAGCGAAGCAACAGAACAAGUACAGAAUGCCACGAUAAAGAAUACGGCGGGAGCGUUAGCAUAAGAACAUUGUGAGCGUGCUGAUGUUCCGAUAUCGCAGAAUUCUUGAAAAUAAUACAUGGACGAACUCGAGAUGUAACGAAACAAAUGGCGACUUUCUUUAUCAUCAUCAGGCCUUUUAUGCAAGGCAUUUUGCAUUGAGUAAGGAUAAGCAAGUGCGCCAUAUAAUGAGAGCAAAUCUUAUGUUGACAAUGCCGAGGUCGCUGUCUCAAAAUAUGGCUGUUUUUCAGCUCGAUCGGCAGUGGCACAUAAAUUGGCUCUACGCCUUAGCCUUAAACGGCCUUUACGUUAUGGCUAUUUGAGAGAUUUGAGUGGUAAUAUGAUGGGUUGAAUAUGGCGGCUUCUGGAUAAUCAAGCGAAACGAUCUUCAAAAACAUGGCCAAGGUGAUCGAAUCGCCCGCGCGCUUACAGACAUCUCGAUCGCUACCGCCGCUAUAACCUUGGCUACCUAUCAGUAUCGAUACUUGCUUCACACGUAGCGAAUUCGAGUACAAAUGUUCACAGCACAUCACCAGUUUUUGUAUCCGUAUGACGUUGUCCGCGAUGUCAUCGAGCUAUCAAUCGAUUUGCUUCUUUUCUUGGUGAGAACGUGGAUGCACGACGUUUUGGAUGCUUUAGCGCUAACAGUAACCUUAGCAGCAGCAGUGACGACUGUUUCGUUCAGCGAGGUGAUCCAAGUUACUUUGUAGACAAAACUUAUAGUAAUGCAGCAGCAAUGGAUUCAAUGUUACCUCUGUUGGGUUAGCAACGUCCACGUCAACUGUACUUGCAGUUCGACCUCUCAUUGUGCUGGAACCACGUCUGGUUGAAGAAGAUUUGACUUCGAUCAUCUCUUCUCGCCGUAGAAAAAUCAGAGAACGAGUGUGUCUAAGUACAGAUAGAUCAUUCUACAGUCAAGGUAGCAAGGAUACGUGAAAUACACUACAGUUGCCAAUGAUCAGACUGGCACCGAAAAUACACUUGAGUAUGUUGAGCUAUUUGACGGAUGUAGAAAGGCCGGGAAUUAUUUCUCGGACGCAAGCGCGGAUUUCGACCUUCAUAAUGCAGAUACACGAAACCGGUUGUGACAUUGUCCAUAUGCAAAUUUACUGCGAAACGGUACACGAUCUGUAAGCUCCUCCAUCAUCCAACUCGAGUGAAGCUUAAAAAUAUGUACGCUUGUCGACAGGGCAACAUUAUAGUAUUGAUCUAUCUGUACAUCAAAUGCUGAAUGAGCAUUCUACGAUCCGGCUCUAUAAGAGAUAAUAUCACUGACGACGCUUGAGAUUGCGAUGCACAAUCGCGUCUUGGCGGCAAUAAAAUAUCGUCGCGUAGAUAGCCAACAAACAGCAGUGUCUGUGAAGCUGGUUAAAAUUGUUCAAAUUAUGAGGAAAUCGAAGACCAUUCUGAAGAGAAAGAAGGCUCGCGCUAAUAUCAACGACAUUUUUUCGGACUUAGCUGGCUCAGAGCGAGUAGAUCGGGCUCUAUUUUUUUAUCGAGCAACCGUAUGUGACAAGAGCAAACGAAACAUAAAGCUCCUUAAUCGUUCUUUUAGUGCUUUCAAAGAGGCAUUGAAGCUUUACGUGACCGCGCUUCAGUUUGAUUGUUUCCACCAGCGCUGGUGCUUAAAAACUUGUCUGCAACAACAAACUCAUAGAAAGGGACAAAAAAUACUGCUAACGGGACUCUCAACCUACAAAGGUAUUACAACCUACAAAGUUCUUACAAGAUCGACUAAUGAGCAGUUGUGAACACGACUGCAAAUGAUCAUCCGACAAUUUCUUUCAAAGACGCUGCCGACGCUACAUUUUGCAUCACAUUGUCGCUGAGUGGAGUUUGGCCAGAAUUAUGACCUCUUGGAAAGGGAAUGAAUUAUUUGCAACAUCACCAGUCUUUUUUUUUCUUAACGAGAUGGAAGUCUCAGCACGAAAAUCGGGAGGCAGCAUCGCACGUACGUUUGCAAUGAUGUAGAAAAAACGCAGCAUUACAAGUCUCAUUUUUGCGAUGCAGAGUAAACAUCAAGCUCAGAUCAAAGCUUUAAAAAAUAAGCUCAAAACUGUUCGAAUGGCGAACUCGUCAGUUAGUGCACACACGUUGCAUCUUAUACGGCGCUCUGCUCAUUCAUGGAUUGUCGAAUUGACAUAAUAAUCAAUGCGAAGAAAUUAAGCAUUCUACGCUGUCGAUUCCAAAACGAGGUGGGAGUGGUCGAGUGCAUCUUUAAACUCUAAAAAAGGUAGCAGCACGUAGGACGACAAGAUAAAGACCAACCAGCUUUCAAUUCAGCUAAAAUUUUAGUUUCUUUUUGAACGAGAUCCACUUCGUCUCAGUCUCACGGUGUCCACAAAGCUCAAUUAUGAAGAGAACGAUCAACGUUUCAUUCUCAAGCACAAUCUAGUUACAAAGCUAGCAUUCGGAACAAGAGUUAUACUUUUGUGUCGCGUCCCGCUAUCUUGUUGCGACGGUUGCUAUUCCUCGGAUGUCGAGAGUAGUAAAUGCUUAUUUACUUUAGAUGAAUUUGUUGUAUUUGUAUUAUUAUUAUGACCCUCUCUUUUGUACGAGUUUGUAUGAAGCUUUUGCAUGUUUGUGCAUU